AUGAAAAAAUAUGAUGUUCAAAAAGUUGUUAUUCCAAAGGAACCAAAAAUCGUUUUAAGUGGCGCGUUUGAAGGGUCGGAAAAUAUUGAAGAAAUUAUUAUUCAUGAAAAUGUCACUGCAAUUCGUAAAACUGCAUUUUCCAAUUGCAUAAAUUUGAAAACAGUUGUUUUGCCAAAGUCCCUUAAAAAACUUGGGAAAACAUUAUUCAGUGGAUGUGAAAAGUUGGAAAAUGUUGUUCUUCCAGAAAAUUUAGAAAGUAUUCCACAAUCGAUAUUUCAAGCGUGUUAUUCAUUAUCAAAAAUUGUCAUUCCUAGAGGUGUCAAGAAGAUUGGAAGUUUCGCGUUUUGGAGGUGCCAACAAUUGAAGGAAAUUAUAUUACCAGAGAGUCUUGAGGAAAUUGGAGAAAGAGCAUUUUAUGGGUGUGAAAUGUUAGAUGCUAUUGAUUUCCUCAAAUAUGUGAAAAAAGUGAGUUAUAUGUUAUUUAUGGAUUGUAUAAAUAUUAAAAAUAUCAAUUUAAAUCACGUUGAGGAAGUCGAACCAUGCGCUUUUAUGAACUGUGAUCAAGUCGAAGAAAUUCAUAUUGGGAAGGAAAUAUGUGUGAUAGCACAACAUGCAAUUAAUUAUUCAAAUUUAAAGAAGAUUUAUUGCACAAAAGAAUCUUUGGACUUUGUUCGUAAUUGUUUUAAUACAAAUUAUUCAAAGAUACAAAUAACAGUUGGGUAA